AUGUAUAAAUGCGACAGAAUGUUCAUCAGUAAUCCGGAUGGACUGAAAAACGGCACCUUUAGGUCGCCUCACAUGACGAACGAACAAAAGCAUUCCCGACAAUGCAUUUACACAUUCAUUGCGGCCGAGAAUGAAAGGAUUCAAAUCUCAUUCUCAUUGUUCGACUUAAGAGGAAGUACUCCCGACUGUAGUGGAGAAUACGUGGACUUAUAUACAGAACUGGAAGAGCCGUCACAGGAUUUAAUCACUACUCCAUUUGGGGGCCGUUAUUGCGGGCGAACUGUUCCUCGAAAGAGAAUAUCAAUGUAUCAGACAUUAGUGUUUGGCUUUUAUACCGAUCAGAAACAAGUUGACGAUCGCGUCUUCGAAGGCUAUUACGAGUUUAUCGACGCCAAAUUACUAUUAUAUAACAAGUAUAGAGAAGAAUCCCUUAUGUCUUGA